AUGGGCGUCGCCGCAAAUGAUCCUCAUGCCUUCGGUCAGCUUUCAAAGCUUGUGCAGCCGACUCGAAUCUUAGUUGCCGCUGGCGGCUUCCUCGUUAUUUAUUGUCUCCUCCAGGCUCUCCAGAUUAUCUAUAACACCUUCUUUCACCCGCUGCGCAGAUAUCCGGGACCCAAGCUUGCCGCCGUGACGAAGCUUCCAUACCAGCGAAGUCGUAUAUCAGGGAAUCAGGUAGCCUGGAUCACAUCCCUUCAUAGCCGAUACGGUGAUGUGGUGCGCGUUGCGCCGAACGAGCUAAGCUACAUUGAUGGCCAAGCCUGGAAGGACAUCUAUGGCUUCCAGAAGGCCGGCAAGGGCGAGAAUCCGAAAGACACGUCGUUUUACGGAAUCGAGGCGCAUGGAUCCCAAUCAAUCAUUACGAUGAACGAACAAGACCACGGGCGUGUCCGUCGAAUCUUUUCGGCCGCAUUCUCGAACAAAGCACUAAAACAGCAAGAGCCGCUCUUCCUAACGUACGUAGAUCUGCUCAUCGAGAAGCUGCAUGAGAUAGCAGACAACAAUACGGACGCCGAGGUCAACCUGGUCGAUUUCUACAACUUCACGACGUUCGACGUCAUGGGCGAUUUGACGUUCGGUGAGCCCUUGUAUAUGCUCAAAGACACAAAGUACUCGCCCUGGGUCAGCGCGAUCUUUGCCGGGAUCAAAUUGGGGACGAUGUUCCACGUCAUCGGGAGUUUUCCCACCGCGAAGUUUCUGCUGGAGCGGCUAGCGCCCCGAUCGCUCAAGGAAAAGCGCCGGGCUCAUUCCCAGUACACGAAUGAUAGAGUAGACCGACGUCUUAAGAAAGAAACUAGCCGGCCGGAUAUCUGGAGCCUUGUCCUCAGCCAAAGCGGAGACAAAUGUCUUAGCGUCGGCGAGAUGCACUCCAAUGCCAACAUCUUCAUGAUUGCGGGCACUGAGACCACGGCAACUCUCCUCAGCGGUCUCACGUUUUACCUUCUGAAAACCCCUGCGACCAUGGAUAGACUCGUGAACGAGAUUCGGAGUGCCUUCGCAGAUACGAAAGAGAUCACGAUGGAGCGACUGGCGCAGUUGAAGUAUCUCAAUGCGUGUGUCGAGGAAGGCCUCCGAAUGUAUCCGCCAGUUCCCAUUGGUCUGCCGCGUGUGACGCCGCCUGAGGGCACAGAAAUUUGCGGUCGGUUUGUAGCUGGAGGGACCAGCGUCUACGUGAGCCAAUUUGCAGCUUACCGCAACCCCAAGAACUUCCAUUCACCUGACUCCUUCAUUCCCGAACGCUGGCUCGGUGAAGAUGAGGAAUCCAGCGAGGACAAUAAGCAGGUUCUUCAACCCUUCUCACUCGGGCCUCGCGGCUGUUUAGGUAAGAACAUGGCCUACCAUGAGAUUCGCCUGAUCCUGGCGAAAGUGCUGUGGCAUUUCGAUCUUGUUUUAUGUUCUCAGAGCGAGCGGUGGGCCGAUCAGAAAGUCUAUUCAUUGUGGGAGAAGCAGCCUUUGAUGUGUAGAUUGACGCCUAAACGCGAGGUCUGA